UUUUCCCAAUUCCACCACGGCACAAUCAGCAGCAAAAACUCAGAGCUUCAGAAACACAAUUUCAUGGCAGGAAUGGAAAAUCAUCGACAUACAAGAACUAAUAUUAAAUCCAAUCAAAACAAUUGGAAACAAAAGCUUAGAGAGAAAUGUUUGAAAAGAAUUCAAGAAGAUAGAAAUCACUUGCUUUGGAAAAUGAGGUUACCUUCUUCCUCUUCUUCUUCAGAAACCACCCCAUCAGUUAAUCAAAAGAAUAUUAUAGACCCUACUUUUCGAGAUAUAGUCUCGGAAGAGCUGAAGAAAAUGAAGGACUCGUCUUCAGAUAACUGUACUCGUGAUACCUUAACAUCCGACGACGCUAUGCUGGAUGAUGCAAUAUGGGAAUAUGAUGGUAACUGCACGACUAAAGCAACUGAAAGUGAGUGUGAGGAGAUAAUGAUAGAAAUGCAAAGGAUUUUCUACGACGAUCUUAGAGUUCAGCAAAGUAGAACAGACAUUGCCGAACAAGCAGAAUGUAUAAGAACUUGGGAGGAGGAAGAAGAUAAUUAUUUGGCUCAAGCAGUUUUUGAGCGUUUGCAGCUCAGCAAUGAUCAGGUACGCGAGAGAGUGAUUUGGUGCCCCAUUUGCAAGAAAGGAGAACUUCAAGAGAACUCUGAUCUUAUAGACUGCAAUCGAUGCAAGUUUCGGCUUGUUAGAGUUGCUGAGGUUGAUUUAGAAUAUCUGCGGUUACGUCUAGCCGAAGCUCACUCAGAACAUCUCGAUAGAGGAUGCCGAAUGACACCCAAGUUCUGCAUGGAAACCAGAUUCAAUCUAACUGCGCUCUAUAUUCAGUGUCAAUCUUGUAAUACAUUUGAGAUUGUAAUUUAACUUUUCCUCGAAUUGAGUCAGCAAUUCAUGUAAUGUUCAUGUCUGUAGGCUUUCAUGAAUAAAAGUUAUGAAGAUGGCUGCUGUAAGCAAGGGGGACCAAAAACUUUGCCAUCCAUGUGACCUAAAAACGAUACCAAUGAGUCAAUGACCUUUACUUCUGAUUUGACAUACUCAUUUCAAUGUUAAAUAUCCAAAACACCCUCGAAUACCCUGAGCAGGUAAAAUUUGUCCAA